GCAGUGGCGCCCAUCCUCUCUCUCAGUGCGACUCCUCCGAGGGAUCAGGAGUAGACUAAGUCAAACUUCCAGCAGCUUGAGAUUUGUGCGCAACCUUUCAAGGAUCGAAGCCGUCAAGAUGAGGGGAUGAAAACAUGGAAUCUAAUCUCAGUGUAAAGCCAAGACAAGUCUAACACAGUAAGCAGACAGGGCACUUUGAUGAUGUUGCUAUGUGCCAGCUGGUGUCUUCUCCCAUCCUUUUCAAUUCAGAACUGAUGCCCAGAUGGUGUGCCCCUCCAUGUGUGGUCCAGUUCAGUUCUCCCUGACCGUUUCAUGGGCCACAAAACAACCCAAGAAUCCACGGCCGCUGCCUGACUCAACCCCACUGAGCACUGUCCACUUCACUCGUAACCCCUCACCCCUAACCUUAACCCUUAGCCCUUCACUUCCCUCUGUCUCGCUCUCUGUCACGCCUGUUCUUGCGUUCUGACAAUCCUCCCUGAGCACAACAUGGUGGCCCGCAUUCCCUUUCUUGUUUUGGUCAUGAUGUGUCAAGGCGUUUUGCUCUCAGACCCACCCCAGUCACGUCGGGAGAUCCGCAUCGAGGGUGACCUGGUGCUCGGCGGCCUGUUUCCAGUGCAUGAAAAAGGAGCUGGCAUGGAGGAAUGUGGCCGUGUUAAUGAGGACAGAGGGAUCCAGAGGCUGGAGGCCAUGCUGUUUGCCAUAGACAGAAUCAACUCGGACAAAGCUUUGCUACCAGGGGUCUCCCUAGGGGUCCACAUUCUUGAUACCUGCUCCAGAGAUACCUAUGCACUUGAACAGGCUCUGGAGUUCGUAAGAGCCUCUCUCACCAAGGUGGACGACACAGAGUUCAUCUGUCCCGAUGGAUCAUAUGCUUUGCAGGACGACAGCCCGCUUGCAAUCGCAGGAGUCAUAGGAGGAUCUUUUAGCAGUGUCUCUAUACAGGUUGCCAAUCUUCUCAGGCUCUUCCAGAUCCCUCAGAUAAGCUACGCUUCAACGAGUGCCAAACUCAGCGACAAGACGCGGUACGAUUACUUUGCCCGCACUGUGCCCCCUGAUUUCUACCAGGCCAAAGCCAUGGCUGAGAUCCUGCGGUUCUUCAACUGGACCUAUGUGUCCACCGUCGCAUCCGAGGGUGAUUACGGGGAAACUGGUAUCGAGGCUUUUGAACAAGAGGCACGCAUGAGAAACAUCUGUAUUGCCACUUCAGAGAAGGUGGGACGGUCUAACGCGAAGAAGUCCUAUGAAGCUGUGAUCCGUCAGCUCCUCCAGAAGCCAAACGCCCGUGUGGCUGUUCUUUUCCUGCGAAGUGACGAUGCCAGAGAGCUGCUGGCAGCUGCUGCCAGGCUCAACACCUCCUUCAUAUGGGUGGCCAGCGACGGCUGGGGUGCGCAGGAAAGCAUUGUCAAGGGAAAUGAGGUCACAGCUGAAGGAGCCAUCACGCUUGAAUUGGCAGCCAAUCCCAUACCAGAAUUCAACCGCUACUUCCUUAGUCUGAACCCUGUCAAAAAUCAUCGAAAUCCCUGGUUCAAGGAGUUCUGGGAGCAGCGGUUUCAGUGCUCUUUUGGGGGAGGAGGCGGAGUGGACUUGGGAGAGACACCUCCCCCACCAUGUGACAAGGACUUGUCGAUGGACAAGAAUAACUUUGAACCCGAGUCCAAAAUCAUGUUUGUGGUGAAUGCCGUGUAUGCAAUGGCUUACGCCCUACAUAACAUGCAACGUAGCUUGUGCUUUAACACCACCAAGCUGUGUGACAGCAUGAAGGCCUUGGAUGGGCGCAGACUCUACAGGGAUUACAUCCUUAAUGUCAGCUUUGCAGCCCCAUUUUCUCCUUCAGGCAGCGAGACAGUAGUGAAGUUUGACACCCAGGGGGAUGGCGUGGGCCGAUACAACAUCUUCAGCUACCAGCACUCUGGCGAUCGUUAUGGUUACGUGCCAGUAGGUGAAUGGGCAGAGAGUUUAAGUCUGAGCAGUGAUUUAAUUCGCUGGCCCAGAGAAGUAGUGCCCACGUCGCAGUGCAGCGACCCCUGUGAGCGCAAUGAGAUGAAGAAAAUGCAGGCAGGUGAGUACUGCUGCUGGAUUUGUACAGCCUGUGAGCCUCAUGAAUACCUGGCUGAUGAGUUUACCUGCUCGCCUUGCGCUCCUGGCCAGUGGCCCACUGACGACCUGACGUCCUGUUAUGACCUUCCCGAGGACUAUAUUAUGUGGGAAGAUGCCUGGGCUAUUGGCCCAAUUACCAUUGCAUGUGUAGGAUUCAUGUGCACCGGCCUGGUGAUUUGGGUGUUCAUCAGACACAACAACACACCACUGGUGAAAGCAUCAGGUAGAGAACUGUGUUAUAUCCUCCUCUUAGGAGUCUUCAUGUCCUACGCCAUGACUUUCCUCUUUUUGGCCAAACCCUCUCCUGCCAUCUGUGCCCUGCGCCGCCUUGGCCUGGGCACAUCAUUUGCUGUCUGCUACUCCGCCCUUCUCACCAAAACCAACAGAAUCGCCAGGAUUUUCAAUGGUGUGAAAGACGGAGCAGGAGCCGUGAGGCCACGCUUCAUUAGCCCAUCCUCUCAGGUGUUCAUCUGUCUGAGUCUAAUCUCUGUCCAGUUAGUAAUGGUGUCAGUAUGGCUGCUGCUGGAAGUCCCCGGCACGCGUCGCUUUACAUUGCCGGAGCGACGACAGACCGUCAUCUUGAAGUGUAAUGUACGUGACUCCAGCAUGCUGCUGUCACUGGGAUAUGAUGUGCUCCUGGUCAUCUUGUGUACUGUGUAUGCCUUUAAGACCAGGAAGUGCCCUGAGAACUUCAAUGAGGCCAAAUUUAUUGGAUUCACCAUGUACACCACCUGUAUAAUUUGGCUGGCCUUUCUUCCUAUCUUCUAUGUUACAUCCAGUGACUACAGGGUUCAGACAACUACCAUGUGUAUCUCAGUCAGCUUGAGUGGCUUUGUGGUGCUGGGUUGCAUGUUUGCCCCCAAGGUCCACAUCAUCAUGUUUCAGCCCCAAAAGAAUGUAACCAGCCACAGGCUUAACCUUAAUCGCUUCAGUGUCAGCGGGGCUGCCACCUCAUAUGCAUCUCAUGCUUCUGUCAGCGCCCACUAUGUUCCCACUGUGUGCAACGGGAGAGAGAUUGUAGACUCCACUACUUCCUCUCUGUGACCACAUCCAGUCUACUCUCCAAAUCUGCCCCCUGCGACUGUUAGCCAGUUGAUGAACAUUAUCCACUUCUUUGCCCGCCUCACACACACACAACACUCACAGAUAAACAGUCACAUAUGUGCACAUACAUGCACAAACAAGCAGACACCUUCCUUGUGGACUAGAACUGUAUCGUUUCACAUAUGUAGAAAGUGUGUAACUAUAUGGAAAUUAUUUUCUAGCGAUGUAUAUACAUGGAAAUCAAAAAUUGUUGUAUGUAGAGAAACAAAAGAACAAAAAAAGUUUUUAGGAGGAAUUUUUGGAGCCUUUGUUUUUGAUAGCUUUGUUAUGAUGCAGUGUAAAUAGACAUGCGCUUACUCAUGGUAGGAGGGGCUGUGUCCCUCAGUCUGGAUGCACAUUUGUGGCUCUGCUUGCCUCACCUGCAAUACCCCACAGACUUUUUAUUCUCAUGCUUUUUUGUAGGUCUCAUUGUAAUAACAAAUUAUGUAUGUAUUUCUAUUGUGUAUCUGUACAUUUGUAUAUUAUGCUACUGAUGGUUCAAACAGCACAAUGUUGAUGGUCUUACAACCCUAGAGUGAAUGUGGACUAAAGCAUAACCUGGACUGGCUAGAACAGCUGGAAUGGACAUGUAUAAAAAAAAAUAUCUCAAAUUCAUCAACUUUCAGUUUGAGAAUUCAUCCGUUCACAUCUUGAUAGAUGUGCUUUGCAUCCUCGAUCUAUUUAAGAACCUAAUGUGGUUGUUUUUUUUGCGGGAAGGUAUGUUUUGCUUUUGAUACAAAUGUUCAUUUUUCUAUUUCUAAUCAUGGAAUCCCUUUAUCUUAAUGGCCAUAGUUCCAGACAUGUGUUCACCAAAGCAACAGUAUUUUACUCCCACUCUUAAACUGCUGUUUCUAUGGAGGAUUUCUGUAAUGGAUUGCUAAUAAUAACUAAUAGCAGGGCUGAAAAGAUACAGUACAACAAACACCUUUUUUUCUGCCUCAAAACUGUCAACAGAGACAGUGCAGCAAUAGUUGUGUCGACAAAAGCAAACUGGUGUCUUACCCUGUAAUUAUGAACUUUAUGUACUCAAAUGACUCAAACGCUAAUGGAGGAAAAUGGUCUGCUUUCAUGAAUACAUGCUCUCCAGCUAGAGGGGAAUGGUAGCUGAUGUUUCUGUGCCCCAUAGAUACAGUAUGUGGUGAUGUUUUGAAUAUGGCUAUGUGCCUUAAUGUAAUGUUUGAUAGUUCUCCAGGUAGAAGUUGUAAAAGAUCAAUUUUACAUUACCAGCUGCAAAUCCCUGUUUGGUGAAUGGAAAAGUGGGUUAACUAUAGAGAACAUGCAGAUAGUUUUAUUUCCUAACGAACCUUCUGCCAUUGAUUGUUUACCUGAAUUACUGAAACGGCGACUCGGAGGAAUCCCUGGGUUAAAAUGCCUUUCCCUACCACCCAUAUCUUUUCCAGUCUGUUAUUAAAAGGGAAAGGGUAUUUCUGAUAUAUAUGCCCAUAUAUUUUUACAGCAUAGCAUCUCCAAUAAAAUGAGGGAGGGGAAGAGGAGCUCAUAUACCAUUAAGAUUGAGUCUUUGACUCACUGAGUUAUUGAAGUGUGCAGUUUACAUAUCUGUGUUAAAUGUGUUGAUGUUGAGAGGCACAGAGGAGCAGCUGGCUUUGGCAGUCCCAGAGAGGCUCACGAAAGGAAGCAGAGCACACAAUGUCAGCUGCUGGAUGAUCCCAGCUAACAAAAGGAUGUUAGAGAAGAACUCAUAUCCAUAAAGUACAUCAAAUUUAUCAAAACAUCCACACACAUCAAACUGUCUGUUUCAAGCUGGAAAUGUUGCAGACUUGCUGCUGGGUGACAGUUCUGAGGUGGUGGAAUAAAUGAAUGUUGCGAGAAAAUCUAAAUAUUAGCAGAGUAAUUUAGCAUAUUUUCUUUUUAAACAAGUGACUCAUGCAAUAAUUUAUUGCAUUUAAGGUGGUAGUAAAUUAUUAAUAAAUUGAUCUUAAAUGUUUACAUAUAAUAUGCUGUCUAGAAUAAAGUGUGACUGUUAUAUUUGAUGUUUCCAGCAAAAUAUGUGAUCGGAAUCACUCAUUUUCUCCCCCCCGGUCGAGCCUUUUCAAACUAUUCUCUCAAAUUUCAUACAGCAGAUGUGGGUAGAACUGUUGAACAUUCAUCUCAUGACUGGUCUACACCUUUGCGCUGCCUGUCUCCAAGAGCACCCUGUGAUUAUCACACUGAAUGAUAGAUUGAAAGAAUUUCAGAGGAUGCGCCAAGAUGAGCCGACCUACAUUGGGGUGUGUGUGUUAGGUGCAGAGAGCAGCAGGAGAGAGCGCUGUGGCAGAGCAGAGGGAAGCUGCUGCUGGAUUAUGUAAAGCACUCCCACAGCCCAGAAGUCACAGUGCUUCCAUGGAAGCUCAAAGCAUCUCAGAGAUUCGCAGUCUUUGUUAGAAGAAGGCUUAGCCAUUCACUCAGUGGUCCUGCUCCCACAAGAUACACCCAGCAUGGCACGUUGCUAUGGACAACCACCAUCACAUCCGCUGCUGGAAUGUCUGUUUGUCCGCAUGAAGAGGAGGGGUGAGGAGUUGCCGAAAAAGGAGGAAAAGAAAAACGAGUUGCUGGUUCUGAUUCAAAUUGGCAGUGACUGAUGAGAUUUGGCUCUGCGAGUCCCUGUACCCUACUCCCAGCUUUUAAUAGUUGCACAAAUAGAGCACUUAACCCUGUUCUCCACUCAUUUAGUCCGGGGACCAGUCUCUGACAACAAUCUCACACUCUUCUUUUGACCCCGUCUCUCACAGUCUGCCUCACCCCUUCAACCUUUCCCUCGCCACAUUUGUCCACCUCAUCUCCACUCGAUGUGUGAAACUUGCUACACAGUGGGUCUCAGCCAAGACCACCUAAGCAAGACCAGCAGGCUGCUAGGCCAUACUUGAACUGAAGCAUUUAGAUCUGGGAGCCCACUGCAGGCAUGCUGUCGAGGCAUAAGGAGGUUUGAAAAGGGUUUAACGGGUGUAUGGGAAAAUCUGUUGGAACUGAGACGUAGAGGAAACGCUUUACUUUGAAAUGCCUCACCUUUCCGAGUUUUACCAUGUCAUGCACCAAGUAACUCACUCUGGAAGCGUCCUUAAUUGGCUUUACUCAUGAAUAUCCUUUACAAGCAGCCAUUCAUUAUAAACAUUGUUCCUCUAUUCAGCCUCUGCCAACUGCUGUGUGCUCCACAAAGAUCUCUGCGCUAUAGCCCCCGUCGGAUAGCAGAAUGUGUCCUUGGCCUCUUUGAAACAAGAUGAGAUCUCUGCAGGCAAAAUGAAGCUGAGGUUUAAGGGACUCUGGAACUGAUCAACCACAAAAGCAAUAGUUCCGUGUUUAUGGUAUGUGCAAUAAUAAGGCUGUGAUGACAUCAUAAUAAAAUAACAAGG